GUCUCUGAACUUGAAGCAGCAGCCUGUCAUCUGACUUGAUUUGCCAGCUUCCUCCACCUUGUGAAUCAACAGCCUGUGGUCUGACCCCCGGAUUUGGGUUUGUCGACCCUGCAACCACAGGAGCGAGGAGCAUUCUCCAGACUGACACCUGACCCAUGCCUUAGGGACUUGCCAGCCUUUGCAUCUCAUCGCGUUAACGGUCUCCUUGACGUCCUGCUCCUGUGAACACCCCACCUGGUACUCUGUCUCCAGCUCACCUGAACAGAGAGCUCAGCUGAGAGGUUUUAGCCUGAUGGCCGACUCAAAACCACUCUCCUCCCGUGAUGGGGACUCCGUGGCCAUGGAAGCCCUGCUCUGGGACGUGUUUGGGAUCAUCAUGGACGAAGCCAUCCGGAAAGGGACCAGUGCCUCAGAGAAGGUCUGCGAGUGGAAGGAGCCCGAGGAGCUCAGGCAGCUGCUGGAUCUGGAGCUGCGGAGCCAGGGGGAGUCUCGGGAGAAGAUCCUGGAGCGGUGCCAGACAGUGAUCCGCUACAGCGUGAAGACCUGCCACCCCCGGUUCUUCAACCAGCUCUUUUCAGGCUUGGAUCCCCACUCUCUGGCUGGGCGGAUUAUCACGGAGGCCCUCAACACUAGCCAGUACACGUAUGAAAUCGUCCCCGUGUUCGUCCUCAUGGAAGAAGAGGUGCUGGAAAAGCUUCGGACCCUGGUGGGCUGGAGCUCAGGGGACGGGGUCUUCUGCCCUGGAGGCUCCAUCUCCAACAUGUAUGCCAUGAACUUGGCCCGCUACCAGCGCUACCCAGAGUGCAAGCAGAAGGGCCUGCGGGCACUGCCGCCCUUGGCCCUCUUCACGUCGAAGGAGUGCCACUACUCCAUCAAGAAGGGUGCUGCUUUUCUGGGACUUGGCACUGAGAGUGUCCGAGUGGUCAAGGCGGACGACAGAGGGAAAAUGAUCCCUGAGGAUCUGGAGAGGCAGAUCAGCCUCGCAGAGGCAGAGGGUGCUGUGCCCUUCAUGGUCAGUGCCACUUCAGGCACCACUGUGCUGGGUGCCUUUGACCCCCUGGAGGCAAUUGCUGAUGUCUGCCAGCACCACGGGCUGUGGCUGCACGUGGAUGCUGCCUGGGGUGGGAGCGCCCUGCUGUCACAGACACACCGGCAUCUUCUGAAUGGGAUCCAGAGGGCGGACUCUGUGGCCUGGAACCCCCACAAGCUCCUCACAGCAGGCCUGCAGUGCUCAGCUCUUCUUCUCCAGGAUACCUCGAAUCUGCUCAAGCGCUGCCACGGGUCCCAGGCCAGCUACCUGUUCCAGCAGGACAAGUUCUACGAUGUGGCUCUGGACACUGGGGACAAAGUGGUGCAGUGUGGCCGCCACGUGGACUGUCUGAAGCUGUGGCUCAUGUGGAAGGCGCAGGGCGGCCAGGGGCUGGAGCAGCGUGUCGACCGGGCCUUUGCCCUUGCCCGGUACCUGGUGGAGGAGAUAAAGAAGAGGGAAGGAUUUGAGUUAGUCAUGGAGCCCGAGUUUGUCAACGUAUGCUUCUGGUUCGUGCCCCCCAGCCUGCGGGGGAAACAGGAGAGCCCGCAUUACGGUGAAAGGCUGGCUAAGGUGGCCCCCAUGCUCAAGGAACGUAUGGUGAAGGAGGGCUCCAUGAUGAUUGGCUACCAGCCCCACGGGGCCCGGGGCAACUUCUUCCGCAUGGUUGUGGCCAACCCCACGCUGACCCAGGCCGACGUAGACUUCCUCCUGGACAGGCUGGAAUGGCUUGGCCAGGACCUGUGAGCCUCCCCUUCUGGCACUGGCCUUUGAAGCCACCUCUCAUCUCACCCAUCUCCCUCUGUCCUUUCCUGCCACCCUUGUCUUUCUGGAAAACAAAAGGGCCUUAACCAUGUUAAACACACUGACCCCCCGACUCCACCACUAAACAUUGGCUAUUGUCAUGGUCACUCAUUGUCAGCUGCCACCAGCCAGUCCUGACUCAAGGUGACUCCAUGUGUGCCGAGCCCAGCCACCCCAGAGGGUUUUCAGCAUAGCAGCGGAUGUGAAAACCCAAAACCCGUAGUCUAGCCAGGUGGUAAACGUGAUUCUGCCCUUGGCACAAGUGUCUUGAAAAGAGAAUGUUUAUGGACACCAGAGAAAAGAAGAAAAAGCCUUUAUUAUUAUAUUGAAAAAGCUGAUGUAAGAUUUUCUCUAUAGUAAAACCUGAAUUCUGUUUAGAAACACACAGGAAAAGGCUGGCGAAAUGAAACAUGCCCAAGGUGCCUAGCUUCCUCUGGGAGGGAAUGGGGGGCAGUUUCCUGUCUACUUCUUUCUGUCUUUUGCAUUCCCCUCUUAGAUAAUGCAUAUGCAUUACAUUUAUAACAGGAAAAUAAUAAAGUUAAAAGUUCAAUUAUA